AUGUCGAGUGACGACCUCAAGGCGCACGCCGCCUCAAGCCAAGACUUCUAUGUCCUCCUCGACAUCCAACCAGCCGCCACAGAAUCCGAGAUCCGCCGCGCAUACCGACGCACCGCACUAAAGUACCACCCCGACAAGAUCGCAAACCCCACCGCAGCCGACAUCGACAAGUUCCACUUCCUGCAAAUUGCCUACGAUGUACUCUCCGACCAAUCAGUACGGCAGCUGUACGACAAUGCGCGGGAAGCCCGGCUGCGCAAGCAGCGCGAGCGGGAGAUGAUGGGCGCGGCGAAGCGGAAAAUGCGCGAGGACCUAGAAGCGCGGGAGAGAGCCGGUGCUGCCGAGCUAGGUGGCGCUGGUGUCAAGCAGGGUGUUAAGCGAGCUUGGGCGGCAGGUGGAGAUGAGGAUGCGGAAGAGAAGCUGCAGCGGGAGAUUGAGCGCAUCGCGGAGGACGGACGGAGGAGGCGGCGCGAGGCUGAGGAGAAAUUGAAGAAGGAACUUGAGGAGGAACAGAGGAGAAUGCAGCAGGAGGAAGAGGAGGCUCGCAGGGCGGCGGAUAAGACCGGCCAGCGGGUGGACCGGUCAAAGAUGGGCGGCGGGGAGGUUCCUGAGCUUGAGCGUGCGGUGAAAGUGCGCUGGGUGCGGGAAGGCCGUGGGAUGGAGCUCGAUACUGAGCGGCUGGCUGUGCUGUUUAAACCUUUUGGCAAGAUUGAGAAUACAUUCGCCCUGAAGGAUAAGCGACAACGUAUCGGGGAGAAGAAGGAGAAGAAGACUGUUGCAACGGGUGUGGUUGUGUUCUCGUCUAUUGUGAGCGCUCACGCUGCUGUCCUCGAUAGCGAGAAGAAGCUCCGGCAGCGUGCUAAUCUGGAUGACGAAUGGAGUCUUAUUGAGUCUGUCUUCUGGGCCACGGGCAGCCAACCUGAUUUCAUACCAGGCACAGGCAGCCCUGCUGCUACAGGUCCCGAUACCUCAUCCAAGUCUACCGAGACCGAACCCACGCCUACACCAUCGAUUCCAUCUACAACCACUUCCAACGGGCCUGCCAAGCCUUCCUUCAAGUUCCCAGGUACAACAUCUUCACCCCAGCCCGGCGCCGCGCCGUCAUUUGGCUCUUUCGCUGCUGCAUCUGCUGCGGCAGGUGCCCCAAAAGCAUCAUCAUUCAAUCCAUCAGAGAAGGCUUCAGCUGCUGCGCCAAGUCUGCAAGAACUGAUGAUGAUGCGACUGAAAAGUGCCCAGCGUGAAAAGGAGCGCAAAGCCCUUGAAGAACAGCUGGCGCGAGAAGAUGAAGCCGCAGACGCAGCAGAAGCAGCCGCAGCAGCAGCCAAAGGCACUUAG